AUGACUGGGCAUACCAGCAUUAUAGAAAUAGAGAGAAGCGGGAGGAAGAGCAAUGAAAGGGGCAGCAGAGUGCCGAGCGAAGUGGGUGAUGACGUGCAUAUGGAGGCAGGACACAAUGAGGAUAGUUCAAGUGAGCAUGAUGCAGGCAAAGCAGGCCGAAAAAGGAAGAAAAGGCCCAAGAAGAUUGCAUGCAGGGAGUGCAGGCAGCAGAAGGCACGGUGUGAUGCGUUUGACCGAGCUCCGGGUCCCUGCAGCAGGUGUGCAAAGAGAAAGAUAGAGUGCGUUUUGGAUUCUGACUACAAGCGGACAUUUAAGCGAGUUCAAAUUGCACGGAUGGAGCGGGAUUACGAGCUAAUGAGGCAGAGACUGCAGUAUUUAGCACCUCAGGCGCCUAUUUUGAGGCCUCAGGCGUCGUACUUUGGACGAAAGCCGGUUGCACAAAUGCCGCCAAAUUUGCUUGCGUUCAAUUCAUUGUCUCCUACACCAGUUGGGUCAAAUUCCAUGCCGUCUACUCCACUGCCGCCCACCCCACUAGCACAGACUCAGUCGCCGGCACAAUUACCGACACCGUUGCCACCCACGCCACUUCAACAAGUGCAACUACGAGAGAGUAUGUUAUCGCAGCUACCAAGUGGGCAAUUAUCAAGUGGACGAUUAUCGGGUCAGCAGACGCAACUAAGUCAGGUGCAGCUAAGUCAGAUGCAACUAAAUCAGAUGCAGCUAAGUCAGCGGAUGCAACUAAAUCGGCAAUCACAGCUGCCAAGUCAGCAAUCACCACUAUCAAAUCAGCCAUCCCCUCUGCCACAGCCAAAUCAACGAUCGCAAUUGCCACAUCUAGCGAAUCGACAUGCAUUGCUAAAUCGAAAUGCAUUGCCAAGUACAUCAAGUACAUCAAGUACAUCAAAUACAUUACCAAAUGAAAAUACAUCAAACACAUCGAAUAAAUUACAAAGUACAUCAAAUACAUCAAAUACAUCAAAUGCAUCAAAUACCUCACCAAAUAAACACACAUUACCAAAUGAAAAUGCCUCACCAAGUACAUCAAAUACAUUACCAAAUCAAAACACCUCGCCAAACAAGCAUACAAACCAAAACACCCCACCUAACAAUCAAAACUACCCGGCCGCAUCGAUCAGCAGAACCCUCGGGGACCUGACACUCACCCCCGGGCAGAUCUCGCAGCUGUUUUCGCACUUUGUCCGGCACUACCAGCCGUCUUUGCCCGUUGUGGACGUUUCCAGGGGCAUUGACUGCAUCUACAGGCUUUGUCCGAUCCUCUUCUGGACACUGAUGGCCACCGCAUUGCGGACUUUCAGCUCCAGGACGGUCCCCCGCGAAAAAGCCCGCCGGAUGUACUUCGAGCUGUCGCCAAGACUCAAAUCGGCACUUGCAGAGCUCUCCAUCGCCCCAAUCACCAGAUACGCACCCUCAGAGCUCGAUGAACCGGUUUUAAACGUCUGCAGCGUGUACACAGUGCAGGCCUUCCUCUUGUACACGUUCUGGCCACCACUCACAUCCUCCAUCAGUGCCGAUUCCUCCUGGUACUCGGCUGGAAUUGCCCUCUUCCAGGCUAUCCGGAUAGGCCUACACAUUCCGGGACACUCAGCCGACGGCCUAACCACCAACAACCCGCGGUUGCUCCGCGAGCAGGCCCGCACGUGGGCUGCCUGCAACGUGGUGUCGCAAAUCAUCGCGACGGCGUUCGGGUUCCCGAGUGUGACGGGGGUGCAGCCGGCGACUGGGGUGGGUGCGUCGAUUGACGCGUCGAUUGACGCGUCGAUCGUCCCGACGCAGCUCCGCCAGAUGCUUGCCGUGCAGCGCUUCGAAUCCCGGCUCGCCCGCGCGCUCAACAGCAACCCCUUCGACCCGCUCAUGCUCGCCGGCCUGCCGGAACGCUACCCGUUGCUCCGACUCCUCGAGGCCGAGCUCGACGCGCUCCAGCUGCACGGCGCCGACGCGCCAAUCGACGCGCCGAUCGACGACUUCCGUCUUCUUUCGCUGCUCGCCGCCCGCCUGCACCUCACCACAUACUACUUCUUCGACGCCGACAAGGCGCCUCCCUACGACCUGGCCCGCGGUCUUCUCAAGGCCUACGACGCGUCGCUUGCCCUCAUUCGCCACUGUACAGCCUCCCAGCACAGAAAUCACGGUUUUGCCGCCCACCUCCCGCCUGUGUACACCGUGACCAUCUGGCAGGCUGCCUGCGUGAUUGCCCGGCUCGUGCUCUCCUCGUAUGCUCCGUUGCUCGACGUGGCUCGGGGCAAAACCGCUUACCUCGACGCAGUCGCCCUCUGCCAACAUGCUUCUGUCAUAAAGCAUGAUCUCGCCUACCGGGCCUCCGGCAUCAUGCGGUGCAUGUGGGGGCUGUUCGAAACUCUCCACCGCCGCCGCCUGCUGUCUCCCACCGUGGUUGUCCGGUCCAGAAUGUGUGCCAGUGUGUUUUUUGACUCUUUGUGGAUUCUCCGCCGGAAAUGCGGCAUGAUCCAGCUCCACCCGGAGCAGAAGGACAAGGCUGACCGCGAGGCUGCCGAGGCUGCCGAGGCUGCGGGGGAUGGAGAGAAUCAGAGCGAGGAGAAUCAAAAUGGAGAGAAUGAUGAGAAGCAAAAUGGAAAGAAUGAAGAUGGAGAGAAUCAAAGUGGAGAGAAUCAAGGCUCGGGAAAUCAUACCAGGGAAGAUCUUCAAAACAAUCCUGGCGGAUCCAACAAAGACUCCUCCAAAAAACCUCACCGCCGGUCAUUGUCUGAGUCCCUACACCCCGAGUCAGAUGCAAGAAAGAUCAUCUCAACAAUUCCUUUAGACCCUCAGCCAAUAUCUCUCAGCGACAACACAGACAGAGAAAGCAGCACACAGAGUUCUCCUUUUGUCCAUCGGUCGCCUGUGGAUCGUCCUUAUCAGGAUCAACAUCGUAAUUCUCAGGAUUUACAUCAAAACUCUCAGGAUUUACAUCAAAACUCUCAGGAUUUACAUCAAAACUCUCAGGAUUCACACCAAAAUUCCCAAGACUUGCACCAAAACUCUCAACAAACCACGAAUUCCAGAUCACCAGACACUCCUGUAUUCUCGCUUGAUUCAUGGGAUCUCGCCAAAGACAUUGACUCCGACCUGUUGUUUAAGGAUAUUGACACCGUGAUGAAUGACUUUGGAUUUCAUGCCGAGUGA